AUGGACAGAAUAAAUAAAUUUUUAGAGACUAGACAGCAAAAGCAUGUAAAAACAUUGAAAUACAAAGAACAAACGUAUACAAUUACAAAAGAUGAUCUUAAGAAAGUGAGAGCAUACAAGUCCAGCAAAUGCUUAGACCCAGUUCUCAAGACCAUUCCAAACAGAAUACUGUCCAAUGAGCAAGUUCAACCAGUCAAAGAAAGAGUAAAAAGAGAUGCAUCAGGAUACUUUAAUAGAAAACUAAGAGAGCAUUAUAUAAACAAUCCACAGCCAAAAGUAACAGUAAUACCAAAGAAUCAAAUUGUAGAUAUUUGGGAAGACGAGAAUCUAAACACAUUGAAAACUUAUACACAGGAGUGGAUAUAUUCGAUAGAUACACCGUAUGAAGGCCCAGUAGAAUCACUUGAGUUCAAUAAAGGGCAUCUCGAAGAGGAACUAAGAAGGGUUUAUCUCAAGCAUUUUACCCCAAGAGAUCCUAAACAAAAGGCCUUGAAGGAUAUUUUGCCAAAGUUACCUGAUAUUGAAACUAUGAGGCCAUUCCCUGAAUUUUCAUCAUUUUCCUGGGAACUUGAAGGCAAAAAAACACUUUUCAACUCAACCAUCUGUGCAAUUAAUGAAAAAAACGUUGUGUUACUAGAUUUGAAAUACAAUAAGGUACUCUUUAACUACAACUUUGAAGAGAAUAUUUACAAAGCAGCACUGUGUGGGCAUAUUUUUAUAGUCUCAUCUAAAAACAGUAUUUACCUGACAAAGCUCGGAGAACAUGUGCAACCAACCAAAACAAUUCAUUCUCAUAUGGCAAUAAAGGAUAUAUACAUUGAUAGUUCUUUUAUAGGAUAUCUCACAUCAAAGUCCAUCCAUCUUCACCACAGCACCUCGUAUGAAGAAAUCAAAAUUUUAAAACUAAAGGGAGAUACUCCGCAUACAAUGACAAUCAGCGAAGAUGCGGUAUAUGCAUCUACACAUAAAGGAAUAAUGGUGGAGUCUAUUGAGAGAAGUGAGAUUAAGAAUCUGGGAUAUGUCAUUGAUUUUGAAAUAUAUAAUAAGCAUAUCUAUGCAAUCAAUAAUGUUGGAAGACUGGUAAUUGUGAAUGAAAGUCUAAAAGUUGUUGGAAGUACAGUUCAAAACGACAUUGGUUCACAAAUCAAAAUCCAUCCAGCUUAUGGUUUGAUUGCAAUAAUCUUUUCUAAUGAAAUUUGCAUUUAUAAAAUACUUGAAAACCAAUGCAUUCCAAUUAAUACAAUAUCUGGUGUAUUUAAAGCCAUCAGCUGGGAUACAGAAAUGCCAUGGCUGUAUGUAGCAUAUAAAAACAAGAUAGAAUUGUUCACUUAA